CAUGCAGCUUGGUCAACCGCACGAUCCCGUUACUGUAGCCGCUUGCUGCACUGAAAACAACGUCGUUGGUGGGUGGAUAUAUCUGUAAGGGCCCGGCUCCAUCAUAUUUUUUUUGAACCCCCCCUCCUCACAAACACUGACUGAGUGAGUAGUUUCCGUUCUCGAGACCUGUGAAGACGAGCAGCUGGAAAAAGACAUGAGUGGCACAUUAUGGAUUACAGCAGAUGUCCACAUCCCUGGGGCCACCAGCUGGCCGCCUCGUGCCGUCCUGUAGCCAGGGCCUCAGUGCCUGGGCUCCAUGCACCUCAAACAUCAUACCUUUGACUUCAUGAAGAUCCUUGACAUCGGUGAUGUAAUGAAUAAAUUUGAAGUCCUUGGGAUUGUGGGUGAAGGUGCAUAUGGUGUUGUUCUGAAGUGCAGACACAAGGAAACCAAUGAAAUUGUGGCUAUUAAGAAAUUCAAGGACAGUGAAGAAAAUGAGGAGGUUAAAGAAACAACGCUACGGGAGCUUAAGAUGCUCCGUACCCUCAAGCAGGAGAAUAUCGUUGAGCUCAAAGAGGCAUUCCGCAGAAGAGGGAAGCUAUAUCUUGUUUUUGAGUAUGUGGAGAAGAAUAUGCUUGAGCUCCUUGAGGAGUUACCCACCGGUGUCCCGACCGACAAAGUGCGCAGCUACAUCUUCCAGUUAAUCAAAGCUAUCCACUGGUGCCAUAAGCAUGACAUUGUUCACAGAGAUAUAAAGCCAGAAAAUCUCCUCAUCAGUUCUGAUGACGUCCUCAAGCUCUGUGACUUUGGUUUUGCACGUAAUCUCUCCGAGGGGACUGACGCCAAUUACACCGAGUAUGUGGCUACUAGAUGGUACCGCUCUCCAGAGCUCCUGCUUGGGGCUCCGUACGGGAAGGCGGUGGACAUGUGGUCGGUGGGCUGCAUCUUAGGAGAGCUGAGCGACGGGCAGCCCCUGUUCCCAGGAGAGAGCGAGAUCGACCAGCUCUUCACCAUCCAGAAAGUGCUGGGGCCCCUGCCUCCGGAGCAGAUGAAGCUCUUCUAUAACAACCCCCGCUUCCACGGGCUGAGGUUUCCUGCUGUAAACCACCCUCAAACUCUGGAGCGAAGGUACCUGGGGAUCAUCGGCGGAGGCCUGCUCGAUGUGCUGAAGAACCUGCUCCUGCUCAACCCGACAGAGCGCUUCCUCACAGAGCAGUGCCUGAACCAUCACGCCUUCCAGACCCUGCGGCUGGUGGAGCGGCCCGGCCCGCCCACGCCCACGCCCGUACGCUCGGCCAAGAGAAAGCCUCACCACGGAGACAACACCACCCCCAGCAGGAGCCAUGGGGGGAAGAGCUCAGGAAGCCACCGAUCCAGCAGCAGAGAGUGCUCAAGCUUACCCCGACAGGAAGAUGUCCUCCCGGGCAACGACGGCUUCCUCAACGGCACGAUGUCUGCGGCCAUCACCCUCAGCCCAACUCUGCAUCCGAAGAACUACCAGCCGCAGAUCUUUAACCACUCCACCGCCUACAGCAUGGACCUGGCCGGUAGCAACCUGCCUCAUCUGCUCAGCCCCAGUGAAGCCAAGAGCAAAGGCGAAUUUGAGAUGAGCUUGGGGGCCAAGGUACUGGACGGACCCGGAGCCAAGUACCUCAAAUCCAACUUCCGCUCUCAGCAGAACCGCCACUCCUUUGUGGAGGGGAAGACCAACACGCUGCAGUCGGGGGAAAAACACAGUCGACACGCCUACAUGGAGUCCCACGGCUCCACGCCCUCCGCCAAGUUCGGCUACCUGAACUUGUCCAAGAGUUACGGCACGCUCAGCGACGCCAAGUCGGUGGGAAACCUAAACGAUGUGCAUCUCUACGCGGAUGAGCCAACGUCGCGCUACUUUCCUUCCAGCUGCCUCGACCUGACGGCGCCGAGCAGCCCGGCGUCCCGCAGGGUGGAGAGGCUGGGCCCUGGCACGGCGGGCCGAGGAGGGAUGCGCUCAGAGAGGGAGAGCAACACUCUGGACUCCUCGUACAGGCGCUCCUCCACCCGGCACAAGGCCUCCGAGGAGGCCAAGUCACCAGAUUCCCUGGGUCCAGGAGACGGCAGCAUGGACAGGAGCCACGCUCACUCUCUCUCCGCUCCGCACGACCCUCUGUCUUACGGUCAGGGAUACACCAGUCCUUUCUCCUCCCAGCAGCGGCCUCAUCGCCACUCCAUGUACGUGCGCAGGGACCACCAGAGGACGCACGGUGGAGACGAGGGCCUGCUGGUCGGCCAGGGAAUCCCCACCAGAGCCAGCAGCCUCCAGCUCCUGUCUCCUCAGCUUCAGCACCGCACUCUGCCGCGCCACUCCGGGAGCUCCUCCAGGGAAGAUGAUAUGAGCCGGAGCGAGCAGGCACCCACCGAAGUCACCCACAGCAGACCCCCAAUAAGGGACUCGACAAGGGACAACACUGCAUCCUUUCACACACAGCGGCAAAAAAGCGAGGUCGGCCUAUAUCAUGACCAGCAAGCAGAAGACGGAGGCUCCUCCAAGGAGAACCGCAACAUCUACAGCGAAUCCAUGCCGAGGAGGGUGGGCAGCUUUUACAGAGUUGUUUGCCAAACAGUGCCAUCUCCCCGGCCAGACAACUCUUUCCACGACAGCAGGGGCCAGGGCCGGGACUCUGGCAUGUCUGGGGACGGCAGCAAUCUGACAAAUCACUCCAAGCGUCAACCUGCGUUUGACCCCUGGACUGGCCCAGAUACUGUGGUCCUGAAUGCAUCUGAGCCAUCCAAAGAAAAGGAGAAGCAGGGCUUUUUUAGAGCAAUAAAAAAGAAAAAGAAGAAAACUCAAAUGGCUCCCAGUGAAGGGAUUGACUCGGUCAUCCAGAAGGCCUCCAGGUCCUCUGGUCAUCAGAGCAGCCGCCACAGGAGCCGGGACAAGAGCAGAGAGCGGAACCAGGAGCGAGACCGGGACAAGGACUGGCCACGGGAGAAGCUGUCCGAUUCACACUCACCAAGUCAGCCGCUGAAGUCGCUGCGUAAGCUCCUGCACCUCUCGUCCUCCUCCUCCAACCAGACGCCGCCCUCCGACAUGCGCUACCAGCCGCUGCCUAACUCGGCCUCCGCUCAGGGCGGCUUCUCUGAGAGCCGAGGUCACUCAGGGGUCAGCACGCCCCAGCUAAAGAGCCGACAGGGAGGAUACCCGCUGCCGAGCAAGCUGGAGCCGGGCUGGCACUCGUCGGCCCUGGGGCGCCCCGAAGGCAACCCUUACCCGGAGCAGAUGAGCGUCAAGGGGGGCCAGAACGGGCACGGCUUCGGACGCCCGUCCCGGUCGCGCAUGCCAAACCUCAACGACCUGAAAGAGACAGCUCUGUAGUCCUCAUCGCCCCGCAGCCCUCAACCUCACCUCAGCGCCCUGCUUCCCUCCUGUCGCUCCUACACCUCCCCUGUAAAUGGGUGCACAUGCCCAACACACACAAACACCAAACCUUCUGUUGUAAACACUGCUUGCAAACAGGCCAAAAGCCUUUUUAUGUCGUAAUUUUAUAAAGCAUCCAUGUUUGAUAGACUUUAUAUUAUUACUUAUGUAAUUCUAAAUCUAAUUUGUAUUAUAAAGUAAAUAUAUUACAAAU